AGAAAUCAUUAUUUCAUUCUGGUAAUGAAGUGUUUUCCGAGCUAAAAUUUAAAUCUUAUUUAAAUAAUUUAGUUUCUAAACGUAAACGUACGCACGACGUUUUCUGAGCUGCAUAGUUUCCAUUACGCCUACCUUGUUGUAUAACCUAAACCCCGCCCCUGAGUUAUCACUUUCCAUACAGACACUUCCCCUUCGAACUUCAUGUACCUUCCGAACAGCACUGUGGGUAGACAUACUUCCUCUUCAUUUCACAGUAGUUUCAGUAUUUUCUGUUCGGAAAGUCACCACCUUUUAAGAAUUAUCGCUCUUAAUAUUCGCUGACAUCAGACAAUUAUUACGAGAAUUAUCAAAAUGGCUACUUAUCAACUUCAAUGCUUCAAUACAGUUCCUUCAUUAGAGGUCGUUCCAGAUAUAGAGACGAGUCAGAGAAUUGAUGAAAUAUUAGAGGCUCUCAACCGCGACGAACGCAAGGAAGUGUUGUAUUUGUGUGAAAGCUUGCACAAAGAUAAUACAGUGGCCUGCUUGAAGGAGACACUUGACUCCAGAGCCAUGAGCUAUGGCACAGCUGGGAAUAUGUUUCUGCUAGAGCUCCUGGUGCAUUUGGGAAGGUAUGACAUUGUGAGGAAGGUGUUUGGUUUCAGCAGGGAUACGGUGGAGAGAAGUAUGGGGUCCUGGCAGGUUCUACCAAGAUUCAGAGUGCUGAUGACUCAAUUAAGUGAGGACAUGACCAGUGAAGAUGUAAUCAUGUUUAAGUUCCUGCUGUCCAACAUCUUAGGGCGUAAGAGGAGUGAACAAGCCAAGAACUUUCUGGACAUUGUUAUAGAACUAGAGCACCUGGGUGAAGUUUCAUCCCAAAGAGUGGACAUUCUGGAGGAACUUUUAGUACACAUUCGCCGGGGAGACUUGGCCAACAAACUGAAGGUGUACAAAAAGUCAGGAAACACAAAUAUGCUUGAGACCAAACUACAGCAGACCUGCCAGAGUCACGUCAACAAAUACAAAUUUAGCAGUAAGCCCAGAGGACUGUGUGUCAUCAUAGACUGCGUGGGUAAUGAUGGAGAGAUGCUGGAGCACACUUUUAAAUCGCUGCACUUCAGCGUGACCUUGCACAAAUGCCUCAGUGUUGCUCAGACGGUUUCAGUGCUCAGAGGGCUAUCCCAAGGAAGUAAGGAGCUCAAGGGCGAUGGCUUCGUCUGCUGCAUCAUUAGCCGCACCACCGCCACUCAUCUCCUGGCCACGGAUUCGUACGACGAGAGCCUCCCGCUGGAUGAUCUUAGCCGUCUGUUCGCCGGUGACGUGUGUUCCGCGCUGGUCGACAAGCCCAAACUCUUCUUCAUCCAGGGGUACAGGGUCCCGGAGUUCCAGCCUUGCGCCAGACUGGACCAACAGGAUGAGGAUUUGGAGACAGACGGGGGUGUUUGUCCGUCAAGUCCCAGUUCAAUCCCGUCACGUGCAGAUGUGUUCUGGAGUCACUGCUGGACUGGAGAAGACCAGCUGCAGCAAGGACAACAUCGCUCCGUUUACCUCAAGGCGUUGACGGACGCCAUGCACAAAGGCCAGCGGGGGAGCAGACACCUGGUGGAUCUUCACCUGGAGGUGAAUGGAGCCGUCUUUAAACACAACAGCAGGUAUCCUGGGCAGGAGUAUCACAUUGAUCUGAAACACACUUUAAGAAAAGAGCUUUACUUCUAGACUUUCAGGCAGCUUGGCAUAGCCGGCUUGUGUAAAAUUCAGAAUUAUACAAAUAUCUCUUUUUUUUUUAAUGAUGUUUUAUUUAUUUACAGCAGGGGUGUCAAACUCAUUUUAGAUCGGGGGCCACAUGGAGAAAAAUCUACUCCCAAGUGGGCCGGACUGGUAAAAUCACGGCACGGUAACUUAAAAAUAAAGACAACCUCAGAUUGUUUUCUUUGUUUAAAAAUAGAACAAGCACAUUCUGAAAUUCUACAAAUCAUAAUGUUGUUGUUGUAUUUUUUACACUUUUAACAGUAAUCUAUCUUUAUUUGUCGUUAUUUAUAUUUUCUGAAUAAAUUAUGUGAUAAUG